AUGUAUAAUAUGGUUCAGGAUCGGAAAGGCACGUUAAGAACGCCUUUUGUGGUUGAGAAUUGUCUGAAUAAGAAUUCAUCAGAUGGAGAUCAGGCGAUGCAUAAGGAAACUCUUAAUCAGGAUACACAACCAAAAGUGGAAGCCAAAUUGAAAAGUUUUGUAUGUGAGGGAUGUGGCAAGAAAUUUCCUCAUAAGAAUUAUAUCAACAUUGAUAUGAGAGAGAAGCCAUUCAGAUGUGAGAUUUGCAGUAAGACCUUCUAUGAGAAAUGUACUCUAGUAGAUCACAUGAGAGUGCAUACAAAGGAAAAGCCUUUCAGAUGUGGGAUUUGCAGCAAGGCCUUCUCUCUGAAAGGUACUCUUGUAAAGCACAUGAGAGUACAUACAAAGGAGAAGUCAUUCAUAUGUGAGAAUUGCAGCAAAACCUUCUAUGAGAAGGGCCAUCUAUCAAGGCACAUGAGAGUACAUACAAAGGAGAAGCCAUUCAGAUGUGAGAUUUGUGGCAAGACCUUCUAUGAGAAAGGCCAUCUAGCAAGACACAUGAGAGUUUAA